UCUUUGCUCCAUCAGGAAUGACACUUGUUCUUGGGAAUAUUCUUUAGAAAAAGGGCCAAAACUACUACAUGGUCUUCUGAAACUGGAGCAUAAAUUCUCUUACCCUCUGUUUGUCUGGAUCUGGGAACCUGCGCUUGGUAUUAGCUAGUGGAAGCAGUAUGUAUGGCCGAAGUGCAUUGCUGCAGCUGGUAGCAUGAGUGGUGGCCACCAGCUGCAGCUGGCUGCCCUCUGGCCCUGGCUGCUGAUGGCUACCUUGCAGGCAGGCUUUGGACGCACAGGACUGGUACUGGCAGCAGCGGUGGAGUCUGAAAGAUCUGCAGAGCAGAAAGCUAUUAUCAGAGUGAUCCCCUUGAAAAUGGACCCCACAGGAAAACUGAACCUCACUUUGGAGGGUGUGUUUGCUGGUGUUGCUGAAAUAACUCCAGCAGAAGGAAAAUUAAUGCAGUCCCAUCCUCUGUACCUGUGCAACGCCAGUGACGAUGACAAUCUGGAACCUGGAUUCAUCAGCAUCGUCAAGCUGGAAAGCCCCCGGCGGGCCCCCCGCCCCUGCCUGUCACUGGCUAGCAAGGCCCGAAUGGCAGGUGAGCGAGGAGCCAGUGCUGUCCUCUUUGACAUCACUGAGGAUCGAGCUGCUGCUGAGCAGCUGCAGCAACCCUUGGGGCUGACUUGGCCAGUGGUGUUGAUCUGGGGCAAUGAUGCUGAGAAGCUAAUGGAAUUUGUGUACAAGAACCGAAAGGCCCAUGUGAGGAUUGAGCUGAAGGAAUCCCCAUCCUGGCCAGAUUACGAUGUAUGGAUCCUCCUGACUGUGGUGGGCACUAUUUUUGUGGUCAUCCUGGCUUCGGUGCUGCGCAUUCGGUGCCGUCCCCGCCACAGCAGGCCGGAGCCCCUUCAGCAACGAACAGCCUGGGCCAUCAGCCAGCUGGCCACCAGAAGGUACCGGGCCAGCUGCAGGAAGACCCAUAGUGAAUGGCCAGACUCAGGUAGCAGCUGCAGUUCAGCCCCCAUGUGUGCCAUCUGCCUGGAAGAGUUCUCUGAGGGACAGGAGCUACGAGUCAUUUCCUGCCUGCAUGAGUUCCACCGCACCUGUGUAGACCCCUGGCUACAGCAGCGUCAGACGUGCCCUCUCUGCAUGUUCAACAUCGUAGAAGGCGAUUCGUUUUCCCAGGCCUUGGGACCCUCUCGAUCUUACCAGGAACCAGGUCAGAGGCUCCACCUCAUUCGCCAGCAUCCCGGUCACGCCCACUAUCACUUUCCUGCUGCCUACCUGCUGGGCCCUUCUCGGAGCUCUGCGGUUCAGCCCACACGACCUGGUCCCUUGCUGCCAUCCCAGGAGUCAGGCAUGGGUCCCCGGCACCAGCGCCUCCCCAGAGCAGCCCACCCCCGGCCUCUGGUAGAACAGCAGCGCCUGUCAAUAGCCCAGCGACCCUAUGCACAGGGCUGGGGGCUAAGCCGGCUCAGAUGUACCCCACAGCACCCUGCGGCUUGCCCAGGGCCCCCACGCAGGGCCAGGCCUCACGACAGCAGCGGGUCUGGGGAAAGCUACUGCACAGAACGAAGCGGCUACCUGGCAGAUGGUCCAGCCAGCGACUCCAGCUCAGGGCCCUGUCAUGGCUCCUCCAGUGACUCCGUGGUCAACUGCACAGAUGUCAGCCUGCAGGGCAUCCAUGGCAGCAGCUCUACCUUCCGCAGCUCCCUCAGCAGUGACUUUGACCCUUUGGUCUACUGCAGCCCUGAAGGGGAGCCCCAGAGGGGAGAGACACACCACGUUAGUGUGGCCACUCGUCCCCGUUCCUUGGAUUCAGUGGUGCCCAUAGGGGAAACCCAGGUCUCCAGCCACAUCCAUUACCACCGGCACCGGCACCGGCACCACCACUACAAAAAGCGCUUCCAAUGGCAUGGCAGGAAGUCUGGCCCAGAAACUGGCCAGCCCCAGUCCAGGCCUGGUGUUCCUCAGACACAGCUCCAACCAGAGCCACCUUCUGGUGAGCAAGUCACCAGAUCCAACUCACCAGCCCCUUCAGGGCAGUUCCUCAACCCACAAUGGCCUAAAACCAUCACAGAGUCAGCCCCUGGCCCAGCUGAAACCUCUGUUCCCAACAGCCUUUACAGCUUGCAGAAAUCCAGCCUCCCAGCCCGACACCCACAGAGGAAACGGCGGGGGGUUCCCUCAGGGCCUACCCCAGUCUUUCAGCCCCAAGACUUGACUGAGCACCCAGCUUGCCAGGUGUGUCCCCACUAUGACCCAAGCCUGGCAUACCCUUGGUCCCCAGAAGCCCACCCAUUGAUCUUCGGACCAUCGGGCCUGGAAAGGAGGCUUCUACUAGAACCCCCGGGCCCCUGUUACUCAAGUGCACAGCCAGUAUGGUUGUGCCUGACUUCACGCCAGUCCCUGGGACCACAUCCACCUGAGGAGGGGCCUUCUGAACGAAGUCCUGGCAGUACAGAGGGCAGGCCAUGCCCUUACCCACACUUCCAGGUGCUGCCAGCCCAGCCUGGCUCAGAGGAAGAGCUUGAAGAAUUGUGUGAACAGGCCGUGUGAAAUGGUCAGACCUGGGUCCAACCCACUGCUCUGGAUGACUCAGGGCCCUACCAGGCAGAAUCCUGCUCCUAGGAGAAGAGAGGACCUCAGCAAACAACCCUCUUUUUGCCAUACUUCCUGCAGCCAGUGGGAGAGGAAAGGUUAUAGUGG